AGAAAGUCCAGCAUCAGAAGCUGAAGAUACCAGAGCCAAAGAAUCUGGAGAGCCAACAGCAACAAUCUAGUUCUAGUGAAAGCUAUAGAAAGCAGUUGGAACAGGUUAAAUUAAACAGAAAAAAAGGGCCAGUUCAAGAAGUAACACAGAAAAGCUGCUAUAGAGAGGGAAAGCAAUCAAGCUUUGAACAAUCUGGUCAUCCCGUCUCAAGAGGUUUAUCACCACCAGAUGCUGUUUCUAAGAAAAGUGACCCAUCACGUGUUUGUGGAACACCAAGCACCACGUAUAAUGACUGUAUGGACUGUUUCAGAACACCAGUUGUAAAGAACAACUUUCUACCAGGAUAUCAAAUUUCUACUCCCUACAACCAGCUCCCAUUUUUCCUACCACAUACUCCAGCAACUCCAUUUCAAAAUCAAGUUGGCUUGCAGGUUCCAGCUUCUAUACCUUCACAUGAAUGUCUUGCCAUCAAAGGAAAAGUGUAUACAAUAUUAAAACAAAUAGGUAGUGGAGGCUCAAGUAAGGUUUUCCAAGUACUGAAUGAAAAGAAGCAGCUGUAUGCUGUCAAAUAUGUGAAUCUAGAGGAAGCUGAUCAACAGACUGUUGAGAGCUAUAAGAAUGAAAUUGCUCUUUUGAGUAAACUGCAGCAACAUAGUGAUAAGAUCAUCCGCCUUUAUGGCCAUGAAAUUACUGAUCAUCAUAUCUACAUGGUAAUGGAGUGUGGAAAUAUUGAUCUCAAUAGCUGGCUCAAAAAGAAAAAAAACAUUGAUCCAUUGGAACGAAAGAGCUAUUGGAAAAAUAUGCUGGAAGCUGUUCACACAAUCCAUGAAUACGGAAUUAUUCACAGUGAUCUGAAACCAGCAAACUUUCUGAUAGUUGAUGGAAUGUUAAAGCUAAUUGACUUUGGCAUUGCAAAUCAAAUGCAGCCAGAUGUGACAAGCAUCAUUAAAGAUUCCCAGGUUGGCACAAUGAAUUAUAUGCCACCUGAAGCAAUAAAAGAUAUGUCUUCCUACGGAGAAAAUGGGAAAUCUCGAUCUAAGAUAAGCCCCAAAAGUGAUGUGUGGUCAUUGGGAUGCAUUUUGUACUGUAUGACAUACAGAAGGACUCCAUUUCAACAUAUAACAAAUCCAAUUAACAAAAUGCAUGCUAUUGUUGAUCCCAGUUAUGAAAUAGAAUUUCCAGAUAUUGCUGAGAAAGAUCUUCAAGAUGUGCUAAAGCGCUGUUUAGUAAGAAAUCCUAAACAAAGAAUAUCUGUUUCGGAGUUGCUGAUACAUCCCUAUGUUCAAAUUCAAAGUCACUGUCAAACAGGUGUUCCCGAUGCAAAAGGAACAACAGAGGAAAUGAAACGAAUCCUUGGCCAGCUUGUUGGUUUGAAUUCGCCCAACUCUAUUUCUAGAGCUGCAAGGACUUUAUAUGAACAAUGCAACAGUGGUAAAAGUCUUGAUGUAUCAGCAUUUGCAAAACUUGGGAGCCAAAAAUCACGGACAACGAAGUGA